CUGCCUCCCCCCCCACCCCCUUUGCUUUGUUGAGUUCCUCUCACACAGAAAGGAAAGGACAGCAUGAUUGGCUAGAGAGAGCCACGUGGUUGCUUGGGGAAUUCAGGACGGGAAGGAGCAGCAAACAGUGUGAAAAAAGAAUCCAAGACAGGAGUGCUGCUCAGACGUGGAGGAACGGGCUCCAGAAUAGUUUCGCUUCUAGCGGGCUUUGCAUGCCGGGACUGACUUACAGCUCACUUCGGCCAGUACGGGUUGGCCCGGCCUCUGCACAGGGGAAUGUAUGGGAACCCCACUGGAGCCUUGAAUACGCGAUUUAUUUGUGUGACCGCCCGAACUCUCGCUAUGCCUAAGAAGGGAAAAGGGCUCAAGAAAGAUGCAUCUCCAGUGGUUCCUGUUACUGGACCGGUUUCAAGAGACAAAACUGGAUCAGUUAUCAUCAGUAUACAUGCCAAGCCAGGGGCUAAACAAAACGCUAUAACAGAUGUGACAGCGGAUGCUGUGGGCGUUGCUAUUGCAGCUCCUCCGACAGAAGGGGAAGCAAAUGCAGAGCUAUGCCGAUAUCUUUCAAAGGUUCUGGUACUAAAGAAGAGUGAAGUUUCCUUGGAUAAGGGUGGAAAAUCUAGAGAAAAAGUUGUAAAAAUUUCAGCAUCCAUAACCCCAGAAGUUGUUUUGGAAAAGUUAAAGGAAGCAGCUGGACAGUCAUAGUGAAUGUUAUGCCCAUCAUUCCAUUUGUUUAGUGAACUCUGUUUACAUAAGAAACAUCAGCUUGAAAUAAUGCUUUGAGCAGGGGGAAAAAUUGCCACUGCCCGGGUGUUACACAUCGAGACUUUUCUGUUUUCACCAAGCCCUGACUUGGGAAUAAGCAGUUUCGUUUUUGUAAUAUGGAAAUGUUACAAAAGCAUUAGAGAAAUACUAAGACUUAGGGGCAGAUUCAUCAAAGAGUUCAAAUCCCGAAAUGAGUACAAUUCGGAUUAGAUACGAUAAUUUCUGAUGAUCGGAAAUGUUUCGAAAAUGCUUACGAUAUUGUAUUGGUGAGCCGAAAGUCACAAAAUUUUCGUAUACGAACGAUUGUAAACGGCGGGAAAACCUUGCUGACUUUGAUCCUUCUGUGCAUGUUUUUGGAAGCCUCCUAUAGGACUCAAUGGCACUCUGCAGCUCCGACCUGGCCCAAGGAAAGUCACGAUACCGAAGCUUGAAUGAAUCCGAAACUUUUGUACUCGUUGCAACAAAUACGAUUGUUGCGUAAAUUGACGCACAGUACGAAAACGUUGCGCAAAUUAGCAAAAAUAUACACAGUAUGAAACUUCGGAAGCAAUCGUACUUUGAUAAAUGAGCCCCUUAAUGUUUAUCCAUGGGGAUGACUGUUUUGUUUUUCAGUAUCCAGUAAUGCACAACUGCAGCCGAUUAUAAUCAAGGAGCUGCAGCUUCAAAAUCUCUGCUGUGUGAAGCGGUCAGUGAAAAGGCUGGUAUCUCUUGGACAUAGACUGUUCAAAUUAGUAGGCAAGCCACCAAAUGCCAGUCCAAGUCAAGCGCCUGUUAAGAAUGAAAGUUCCAGCAACAAUCAAUCUUACCCUGAAAUUGGCUGUUACCAUAGGCUUGGCAAUUCGUCUUUCCAGAUGCAGUUUAGGUGCGCACCAUUCUAAUACCUCUACCAGCAAAAGAAAGCCUUCUCUGUGAUAAAGCAAGAUCAUUUAUUGACUGCCCAGUUUAUGUACAAAAUGACAUCUGUUCGGCAGGCAUAAUUUAUUAGGAAUAUUACUAGAAACAGAAGAUGACAUUGAGACUAUGUAAUAAUUGUAAUAUUUUAUCUUACAUAAAGUGUACCACUUUGCUGGCUUUUGAAAAUUUA